AUGAAUCACUAUCCUCAGGCAUGGGGUCGACCCCGAGAUGAUGUAUACGGUCCCUACGAUUCCUCACACCUCCAGACCUCGAUGCCUCAGACGCAUACGCAAUCUCCCGCAGUAACAGGAACGUCGGUACUGGGAGUCAAAUUCAAGGACGGCGUUGUGGUGGCAGCUGAUAAUCUCGCGUCCUACGGCUCCCUCGCGAGGUUCACAGAUGUUAAACGUCUGCGAACGUUCCCUCCGAAUACUGUGGUUGGCUUCGGUGGCGACGUCUCAGACAUGCAGUAUCUCGACCGGCUAUUGCAGUCGCUGGACAUUCGAGAAAACUACCUGUCGGCCACCGGGCACACGCUGAACGCACGAAAUCUUCACAUUUACCUUUCCAAGGUCAUGUACAAGAGGAGAAGCGAGUUUGAUCCGUUAUGGAACAUGAUGCUUGUUGCGGGGUUGGAUGAAGAUGAGAAGCCGUUCUUGGCCAGUGCGGAUUUGCUGGGUACAACUUUCUCGGCUCCAACGCUGGCGACCGGGUUUGGCGCACAUCUGGCACUGCCUUUGUUACGAAAACUAAUGCCACACGAUGAAGAGAGUGUCAAGGAUGUGACCAAGGAGAUGGCCAUUGACGCGGUCAAGGAGUGCAUGAAAGUACUGUUCUACCGCGACGCCAGGAGCUUGGACAAGUACAGCAUUGCAGUGGUGACCAAAGAGGGAGUCGAGCUCAAGGAGGAUGAGAAGCUAGAGAAUCAAAGCUGGGCGUUUGCCGAUCAGAUUCGAGGAUAUGGUACGCAAGUCAAUUAG